GAGAAGACAGAAGCUUUAUUAAUUAAAUAAACAAGCAGAACACAGAGGAUCAGAGAGGAGGAGCUGAGAAGAGAAGAGGAGAGGAGAGGAGAAGAAAAGAAAUGUUUGGAUUAGCAGGGGCUGUGGCGUUUUUCAUUACACAGUAUUCAUUAGCAUACUUCAUUUUAUUCAGAAAGUACAGGAAACCAGAGCGGUGGGAGGCAGCGAGCUGUACAAUAUCCAUGGCCCACGGUCCCCUGGUAACAGUCCUGGCGGCCUAUGACAUUGCUGUUUCGAAAUGGCAGCUGGACGCCCCUAAUACAGGGCUAGAGAGGGCCGUGAUGGAGUACAGUAUAGCCUAUUUCAUGGUGGAUUUGUUCCAUUACUUGCUGUUUGUGCCAGGGAAGCUGCUUUUCGUUGCCCACCAUCUGGCCACCGCCUUUGUCAUGGCGAGCUGUCGUUUCUAUGCAGGGCAUGGUGCACAGGCUCUAAUGGCCUUGCUCUGUGUGGCGGAGAUCACGAGUGCUUGCCAGAACACUUGGUCUUUGUCGAUGUUUGCAAUGCAUGUUGAGCCCACAAGGGCAAGGAGAAUCCAUGAGGCGGUUUGUGUUCCAUUCUAUGUCUUGUACAGCGUGGCAAGAGGAAUUGUGGCGCCCCUGCUUGCGUGGCGGCUGAGCUGUUUCUAUUUGGGUGGCAGGGCAGAUGGUGUUAUGCCCAGGUGGUUGGUGCAGUGCUGGAUGGGCAUUGUGGUCUUGGCUAUAUUGGCUAGUGUCUUGUGGGUUGUUGAUUUGUGGGUUGAGUUUUUUAGAGCUUGUAGGAAGAAGAAUUCAGUGAAGGUGUGCUGAUUUCAGAUGAUGGUUCUAGGAUCUUGGGUCUCUGUGAACAGGGGAGCUUGAUCAUGUAAAUGAUUUGUAAUUUGGGAAGACUGGAGGGGAUGGCUCUGAGAGCCGGAAUUUCAUGUCCGGACAGGUAACUUGUGAGCACUUUGUCUUCGAAAAGAUUAAUGGAAAUGGAAAAUAAUUGUAGCA